GUAAACUCCAGUGUUGCAUUCCGGCACAUGGUAAAACGCAUUGCAGCUGCAAGUGAAGUUGUUAAAAGCGCUAAAUCAAUUGCGCAGCACCAGAAGCCUUUUAUAUCAUCUGCAAAGCCCAACGUGGACCAGUAAUUGCGAUCACAUUGCCAACAAAGCAAUAGCGGCAACCGGAAAAGUAUUUUUCACAACUACAACAACAACAUCAGCCACACUGACAUCUCCCACACCAUCACAAAGUUGGGGUACCAAGAAACAGAAACGUAGCGUUAAAUUGCGAGCCGCCGCUGCAGAUUUCAUCAUGUCCAAUCCAGAGAUUGAGAAGCAACUCGCUCCUCUUAGAGAGCGCGUCCAGGAACAAGGCAACCUGGUCAGGGAGCUGAAGGCAAAGGGAGCAGCAGAGCUGGAUGUUAAGAAAGCCGUCGCCGAAUUGAAAGUGCGAAAGAAACUGUUGGAAGAGAAGGAACUAGCACUAACACCCAGUGUGGUUAGCUUCGACAGAGCUAAGAUGGAAGAUCUGCUAAAGCGUCGUUUCUUCUACGAUCAAAGUUUUGCCAUUUACGGUGGCAUAACAGGUCAAUACGACUUUGGUCCCAUGGGAUGUGCUUUGAAAUCGAACAUUCUUAGUCUAUGGAGGCAAUAUUUUGCUUUGGAGGAGCAAAUGCUGGAGGUGGACUGCUCUAUAUUGACGCCAGAACCCGUCCUAAAGGCAUCGGGUCAUGUGGAACGUUUUGCCGAUCUUAUGGUGAAAGACGUCAAGACAGGUGAAUGCUUCCGGUUGGAUCAUUUAAUCAAACAGGCUCUGGAAAAGUUGUGCAAAGCCAAGGAGGCCACUGCUGAGCUUAAGGCCGAGUGCGAGGACAUUAUCAUCAAACUGGAUGGCUACAAUAAGCAGGAAUUGGCUGAUAUAUUAAGCAAAUUUAAUAUCAAAUCACCAUUGACAGGCAACGAUCUAACCGAACCAAUUGAAUUUAAUCUUAUGUUUGCCACGCAAAUAGGACCAACUGGCUUGGUCAAGGGAUUUUUGCGUCCAGAGACCGCACAGGGCAUUUUCGUCAACUUUAAACGGCUACUAGAAUUUAACCAGGGUAAGCUGCCCUUUGCUGUGGCCCAAAUUGGCAACUCUUUCCGUAAUGAGAUUUCGCCCAGAUCGGGAUUAAUACGAGUGCGAGAGUUUACAAUGGCAGAAAUUGAACAUUUCUGUGAUCCCACCCAAAAGGAUUAUCCGAAGUUUGUGAAUGUUAAGCAGGAAGUGAUGACCUUGUACUCUGCCUGCAAUCAAAUGGAUGGUAAAUCGGCUCAACAAUUAUCAAUUGGCGAGGCCGUUGGCUCAUCCUUGGUGGCCAAUGAAACUCUGGGCUAUUACAUGGCCCGCAUUCAGCAAUUUUUGUUGGCUAUUGGUAUUAAGCCCGAGUGCCUGAGGUUCCGUCAACACAUGAGCAAUGAGAUGGCUCAUUAUGCCUGCGAUUGUUGGGAUGCCGAGAUUCUCACCUCCUACGGUUGGGUCGAGUGUGUCGGCUGUGCGGACCGCAGUGCCUACGAUUUGGGUCAGCAUACGUCUGCAACAGGAGUACGACUAGUAGCUGAAAAGCGUUUGCCUGCUCCAAAAACCAUAGAAGUUAGUGAAAUUGUGCCCAAUAAGCAAGCGUUAGGCAAAACCUUUAAGAAGGAGGCCAAAACAAUUACCGAGGCUUUGGCCAAACUCACUCUGGAAGAGAUCAACCAAGUUGAGGAGCAGCUAACGAACAAAGGUCAUUAUAAGCUGACCCUAACGGAUGGAUCUGCCCAUCAACUGGAAAAGGACACAAUCCAGGUGAAGCGAUCUUCAAAAACCAUUCAUGUCGAAGAAUUCAUACCGAGCGUGGUCGAGCCCUCCUUUGGCAUAGGUCGCAUUAUGUAUGCUUUGCUUGAACACAAUUUCCAAUGCCGCGAUGGUGAUGAACAGCGUUGCUAUUUCACUCUGCCUCCGAUAAUUUCUCCUCUCAAGUGUUCUAUUCUCCCAUUAUCUAAUAAUGCUGAUUUUCAACCAUUUACUCAACAAUUGUCUUCAUCUUUAACGAAGGCGGAACUCUCUCACAAAGUAGAUGACUCCAGUGGCUCAAUUGGACGUCGAUAUGCAAGAACCGAUGAGAUAGCCAUUCCCUAUGGCAUCACAGUCGAUUUUGAUACACUUAAAACUCCGCACACUGUGACCCUCAGAGAUCGGGAUAGCAUGAAGCAAGUACGUGUUGGUGUGGAAGAAGUUGUUGGUGUCGUCAAGGAUUUGGCCACAGCGAAAGUUAAAUGGGAAGAUAUUUUACAAAAAUAUCCCAUCUUUGAGCAACAAGAGGCCACUAAGUAACAAACAAAACAAUUAUGUUGAUUAUGAUGAACAGGAGUUUUCUAUUUCGACGUGCUUAUUUAUGCAUUUAUAAUAAUUUUUGAUAUUUGGAUUAAUAGUUGUACACAACAAUAAAAAAAACAAAUAUGCUUCUGCCUAUAAUGCUGAUUAUAAAAAUAA